UCUCUCUCUCUCUCUAGCUCUCCUUGAGGCCAAUGUUUUUGCUCUGAGUCCUCAGACCCCGAGUCUCUCCCUCAGCAGCAGUUCUUCCUUCUGCCCAGCUGAGGGGCUCUAGCUCAGCCCCAGUCCCCCAACUGUUUGUAGCCUCUGCGCUAUGGCUCUGUUGGCCGGCGUGAUCCGUCGCCUGGACGAGGCCGUAGUCAACCGCAUUGCCGCCGGAGAGGUCAUCCAGAGGCCUGCCAAUGCUAUUAAGGAGAUGCUGGAGAACUGUUUGGAUGCCAAAGCCACCAGUAUUCAAGUGACAGUUAAGGAUGGUGGCUUGAAACUAAUCCAGAUCCAAGAUAAUGGUUGUGGAAUUAGGAAGGAAGACUUGGAUAUUGUGUGUGAGCGAUUCACUACAAGUAAACUGCAGACUUUUGAAGAUCUAGCCAGUAUUUCUACAUAUGGGUUUAGAGGUGAGGCACUGGCUAGCAUCAGUCAUGUUGCUCAUGUCACUAUAACAUCUAAAACUGCUGAUGGAAAGUGUGCUUUCAGGGCAAACUAUUCUGAUGGAAAAUUGAAAUCUUCCCCUAAACCUUGUGCUGGAAACCAGGGAACACAGAUCACAGUUGAGGAUCUAUUUUACAAUAUAGCCACUAGAAGAAAAGCUUUAAAAAAUCCUAGUGAAGAAUAUGCAAAAAUACUGGAUAUUGUUAGCAGGUAUGCUGUUCACAACUCUGGUGUCAGUUUUUCUGUUAAAAAGCAAGGUGAAACAUUAGCAGAUGUCAGGACAUUGUCAAAUGCUACAACUGUUGACAACAUUCGAUCCAUCUUUGGAAAUGCUGUUAGCAGAGAGUUGAUUGAAGUGGGCUGUGAAGAUGAAACACUGGCUUUUAAAAUGAAAGGUUAUGUAACCAAUGCAAACUAUUCAGUGAAGAAAUGUAUCUUUCUGCUUUUCAUAAAUCAUCGACUGGUUGAAUCAAUUGCUUUGCGAAAAGCAAUAGAAACUGUGUAUGCUGCUUACUUACCCAAAAACACACAUCCAUUUUUAUACAUAAGCCUUGAAAUAGCCCCUCAGAAUGUAGAUGUGAAUGUGCAUCCCACAAAGCAUGAAGUUCAUUUUCUUCAUGAAGACAGCAUCUUAGAGCGUGUACAGCAACACAUAGAGAGCAAAUUGUUGGGCUCCAACUCAUCCAGGAUGUAUUUCACACAGACAUUGCUACCAGGUAUUACUGCCUCUUCCACUGAUACAGUUAAGACAGCAAAUUCAUCAGUUGGUCAAGGAGGAGACAAGGUAUAUGCCCAUCAGAUGGUUCGAACUGAUUCUCGAGCCCAGAAGCUAGAUGCUUUUCUUCAGCCACUUCAUAAACCUGAGACUUCUGGGCUUGCUGCAGUGGCACCUGAAGACAGCCCCAAGAAUCAGAGUUGUAAGGCAACCAUACUACAAGACGUUGAGAUGGAAGAAUGCACUGACUUGAAUUUAGCAGCAGAAGCUGAGGAGAUACCUGAAAGGUCAAUGGAAAGCCAACCAAGACCUCUUGAAGCUUCGCCUGCAAGAAAGAGACAGCGGACAGAUGGUGAUGUGGAAAUGGAGGAAGAUGUGAGGCAGGAUAUGACUGCUGCUUGCACUCCAAGAAGGAGAAUUAUUAACUUAACCAGUGUUCUGACCCUUCAAGAGGAAAUUAGUAACGCGGCCCAUGCAAGUCUUCAAGAAAUGCUGCGUGAGCAUUCGUUUGUUGGGUGUGUUAACCCUCAGUGGGCAUUGGUGCAGUAUAAGACAAAAUUGUACCUUCUCAAUACCACAAAACUCAGUCAAGAAAUGUUCUACCAGAUCCUUAUUUAUGACUUUGGGAACUUGGGAGUUUUAAGAUUGUCAGAACCAGCCCCCCUCUAUGAUCUAGCCAUGCUAGCCUUGGAGAAUGCUGAAAGUGGCUGGACAGAAGAUGAUGGUCCAAAGGAAGGCCUUGCUGAAUACAUUGCCGACUUUCUAACAAAGAAAAAUGAAAUGCUGAAAGAUUAUUUCUCCCUUGAAAUUGAUGAGAAAGGAAAUCUAACAGGACUGCCACUUUUGAUUGAUAAUUACGUUCCUCCAUUGGAAGGUCUACCUAUGUUUGUCCUUCGUUUGGCCACAGAGGUUAACUGGGAUGAAGAAAAAGAAUGUUUUGAAAGCCUUAGUAAAGAGUGUGCCAUGUUCUACUCUAUUAGAAAACAGUAUAUAAUGGAAGACUCUGAUCUUACUACAAAUCAGGCUGAAGACUCUGCCGCAGCUACAAGACCAUGGAAAUGGACAGUGGAACAUGUACUUUAUAAAGCUUUUAGGACCCAUCUUUUGCCACCUAAAAAUUUCACAGAAAAUGGCAACAUUUUGCAGCUUGCUAAUCUACCAGAUUUGUACAAAGUAUUUGAGAGGUGCUGAACACACAUGCGUGAACUAAUGUCCAUAGUUGUUAACAGUUUUACUACCACUGCUUGAAAACUUAAUACAGCAUUAAAGUGAAUUUAAGACUAAUUGCCUUGUAAAAGUGACUACUUUGGAUCAGAAACCAGUGGAAGUGUUCGUUACUCAGCUUUCUAAGAUGACUAGCAAACUUUCAAAUUGAAUUUGUAAUAGAAAAACAUUAGGGCCCUACAGCCAAAGUGUUAAUAAAAUUGUAUAUUAGUAUAUCAUGUGUUUGAAGGAAACGAUAGCACAACUACAAUAUAUAAAAAUGCAAAAGCUCAGCCAAUAGGGAUGGAUAGAGAGAGAAUACUGUCAACACUGUGGCCUGGGAAUAUCACUGUGUGUAAAGAGAGGCACUAUCAUUUUAAAAACUAGAUUUACUUACACAGAAGAUGGGCAAUGGUAAUUAUUCAUCCAGGAAAUUUUUCAUGCUUCCAGGAAUCUUCCAAAAUAUAAGCUUGUGAAUUAAUCUAUACAAGGCAAUAGAACUUUAACUACUGCUUUCAUAUCUCAGGUGUAGGCUCAGGAACUUCUGUAAAGAAGAAUUGGCUACUAAGCUAUAUCCAGCAACACUAAUGUAAAUUGUAAUUUCAAUCACUUGAGGGAUUAUAAACUGUCAAAAUAACGUUUUCCAAAAGGAAACUGGGAACCUUCAGUCUUAAAUUCCACUGAGUGAGUGCUGUGUCCCAUUCUUCCUUCAAGGAACUGCCAGUUCUGUAGCCAAUGGCAAGAGAAAUGGGAUCACUGUCCUAGGACAGCAACCUCAUUUCUCUUUCCUUAACAGACAUUACAUGAUCAUCCCCCCCCCCCACACACACACACUUGUAAUGGCCUUGGCAGUGCACCCCGGGAUCGGACAGUUGCCAUAGGGUGGUGUGUUUGAAUGCUGUACUGGAAAUUCUUAGAAUUCAUAGACAUGUUAGUCUGAAAAGGAAAAUCAGUGUGCAAAGGGAUCUUGUAACAUCUUUGAUACUACAGUGGGCCCUCUAUGUUCACUGGGGUUAAAAGAACACCUUUCUAGGAAUCUCCAGAUCUUCCAGUGCAAACCUAUGGUCAACAUCUGGCAGAAGCUGACUAUAGAAUCCCACUGGAUGACCUACAAAUGCGCAGAGAAGUGUUUCACUAGGAAUCCCUAAGACCGGUCUUCCAGCAUGACUUUAUGGUCAACUUCUGGCAGAGGAGGACUGGAGGACCUAGAUUUCUAGAAAGAACUUA